GCCUAGAUGGACUGAAUGGACUGUUCUCAUCAUUCUAUAUGAUGAGUCGUUGUGUAUUCUGAUAUUCGAAAGUAACUGUCUUUUUGUCUUUUCAGAAGUUCAGCCAGACCUCAGUGAGGUAUGUAAUGAUCAUUAUGUCAGUCACUGGUGUUGUGACUCCUUCCCCAUGGCUUGAGUGACUCCUGCUUGUCAUUGCAGAGCCCAGUGCACACUGCAGGAUCCGGAGCUGCUCUCAGGGGUACUAAUAGAUGUGGCCAAACACCUGGGCAACCUGAAGUUCAGAGUCUGGGAAAAGAUGCUGGAGAUGGUGCAGUACACUCCUGUGACCUUGGACCCAAACUCUGCACAUCCCAGACUUUCUUUGUCUGAUGACCUAACCAAUGUGAGAUACGCUGACAUUACACAGCCACUUCCUGACAACCCAGAGAGGUUUAAUUACUGUGUGAACGUGUUGGGCUCAGAGGGGUUUACCUCAGGGAAUCACAGCUGGGAGGUGGACGUGAAGAACAAACUUCAGUGGACCAUAGGAGUGGCUAAAGAGUCUAUCGGCAGGAAGGGACAGGUCACAUGCAGCCCACUGAGGGGAUACUGGGUUCUGUUGCUGAGGGAUGGUGAUCAGUAUUACUCGGCUUCUGGAACACACCUCACCCUUGAGAGGAAACCCCAGAAGAUCAGAGUGGAGCUGGACUAUGACAAGGGAGAGGUGUCCUUCUUCGACCCCAGUGACAUGUCGCAUAUUUACACUUUUAUAGAUACUUUUACAGAGAGGGUCUUCCCAUAUAUAUCUCCCUGUGGAAAUGACGAUGGCAGUAACCCUGGAGCUCUGCAGAUAUGCCCAUUGAAGGUUUCUAUAACAGUGGUGCCACUACAAUGAUGCUGUUGUUCAGAGUGAUAUCAGAAAAAAAUAUUUACUGGGAUGACUGUCUAUUCUGUGUCCAGAUUUAAAUCACUUUUGAAGACCAACCUUUCCAGAAUUGUUUUUAAAUUUUCUGUAAUUACAUGUAUUAUCAUACUUGGCUGUCGUUAUUUGUUUUGGUUUUCCUAUUUUGAAAAAUAACAGAAAUAAAUAAAAUCUCUUUGAUGCAAAGCACUCUGCGAACAGACUGUUGAAAGGGACUAUAUAAGUCCAGUCAAUCUUUUAUUAUUAAAAGCAAUUAAUUGAGUGUGUAUAGCAAAACAAGUAAGAAGGGCAGUUAGGAGCUCCUGUAAGGUAAGAAACAAUGAUUAACAUGGCAGUUAAUUUGAACUUAAAACAGAUAAGGCAAGGGAACUGACUGCUGUUAACAGUUAAAGAAGGCUUAAAUCACGCAUAUUAACAAUUAGUAGUAUUAGUGCCAACAAGAAAACAACAGCAAACAAUGUGAAUUACUUGGAACUGACAUGAAUUGCUAAUGUUUAGCCAGACAAAAAUGCAAAAAAAUGGCUUCCUAUUAAUUUCUGUUGUAUAACAUAACACAGAAGUUGAGCUGCAUUGUCUGCAUUGUCCUGCCCCAAUCCCCGCAACACACAUGUGCACACACACAUAAAAUCUGUUGGAUAAUUCAAGAAUAUUUGUUUUGUUGUUUUUGCAAUGAACCCUUGAAUAUUUUAAUUUCAUUUGCAUCAUGAAUUCUGAAUUCAAAGUAUUCAGCUGAUAUUAUGCAUGUGAAUGCUGGAUAACGUAGAACUUCUGUAUACAUUUUAAGAAAGCUGUUAGCCAUGUCACGGGUCACAAAUCAGUGCCUUUGGUUUGUAGGUAGUGCAUUUAGUUUUAUGGAAGGCUGGAAGUUUGUAUUUACCAGUUGAACAAUUAUAAUAUCCCUUGAGCACCGGCUUUAACCUCCAAAGCUUAAUUAAAUAUCUGUUCAAAUGGCUCAUUUCGGAAAAAAAAAACCAAGCAUAAGCUCUGUCAAGUGACCGUAGGUCUGGGUGUGUGUUAAGCAGGCAGACUUAUGAUGAUGUGAACUGAACCAACACUAAAGAAACUUGUGUUUUCACAUCUGUUAUGAGCCUGCACAAUAUUUAAAAUCUGUUACAAGUUAUUUUUACAAGCUCUGCCUUACAGAUAUACCCAAGCCAGUAUGCAUUGACUUAUGUAUUUUAAGCAUGUUUUAGAUAUAUUUACUUUAUUGGACUGGGUUGUUGUUCUAUUGCUUUGUCUGACUGUUGCUGAAGGGGGUGCUCUUGCCCCAAAGUUUGGCACAGAUGUUUCUAUAUGUUCCCCUGUCUCAACAGUGAAUAACCUUAUAGCCUUGAACUGCGAUUUUUUUUUCUUUUCAAGAUGGUUGCAGCACUGCAAAUCCGUGUAGCUUUAAUGCAGUGAAGCACAGGCGGAUGGCAGAUGUUUCUGCCAGUGACCAUAGUCUGUUAGCUGAUUUCUCCCAGUCUCUGGAAGCUCUCCAUCAUAGUAACACUGUCACUGUCCUCCCACAGAUUCUUUAAACGCCACAGAUAUUCAGCUCCAGUGUUUCCAUCCAUCCUCUCUGGCUCUUAUAUGGAGGAGUUUCCAGUACAAUACAGAAUGUCCGUUAGCAUAGUCUGUUAGUCUUGCCCUUGGGCACACCCCAGUAUGACCUUUCAGAUGAUGCCUGGAAUUGGGAUGUUUUGGCUUCAAGAGCAGGGAGGCAGAACCUUUCAGAGUUAAGAACAGUUGAGUAUCUGGUUGGCCUAAAGAGUCUGUGAUCGUCAUGAAUGAACGAUUAAAUCAUAAUGUCACUGGGAGGAGAGAGGUGGGAGAUUCUAUUUCCAAAUGGUGCGCAGCCUUUUUACUUGUAUUCUACAUGUACUUCUGCAAUCAAAGCAAAUAUUUGAAUUUUAAAACUGCAAUUUAAAAUUUUAAUUUGCUGUUUACUGGGUAUAUUUUUUCUUGUGUGUUUGCUGUCUCUCUGAAUGCUUAUCACCCACUGUAAGAUAUAUAUAUAUAUUUUUUUUUUAAAUGCACAAAAAAUAUGUAACUGUAACAUACCUGUGUAAAGUAUGUGAUCUUUCAAAAUGAAACUGGUUGUGUUUGCUUUGGUUGGUUUCCUGCUGAACCUACUUUUAGACUUGUAACUAGAACAAAGAUUACUAAGAUAUUAUGAAGAUCUACUAAUAAAUAUCGUCAUCUCUUGAAGGAGACAUUUAUUUACCCACUUAAAUAAUUUGGUUGCCGAAUUGCCAAUAAAUUAAAAAUCAGAGAUUUAAUUUUUCACAUUUAUAUAACAUUUGUACACUAAUUAUAAAGAAAUGUGACAAUGGGAGGUUAUGAGCUGCAUUUAUAUAGCGCUUUUAUCCAAAGCGCUUCACAAUUGAUGCCUCUCAUUCACACACACAUACACACACACACCUUUGUAUUGUUGUACUUGAGGACUUCCCAUUGACUUAUAUUCAUUCCGUAACCUCUAACCCUAACCCUAACCCUAACACCAACCACUACAUGCCUAACCUUAACCCUAACCUUAACCUAAUUGUAACCCUAACCCCAACCCUAAGUCCUAACCCUAAAACAGCCUCUUGAACUUGUGGGGACCAGCAAAAGGUCCCCACCUUGCAUAGUUUUCCUCAUCUUUCUAUCCUUGUGGGGACAUUUGGUUCCCACAAAGAUAGUAAAACACACACACACACACACAC